CUGGACCGUGAAGCUCGCGAUCUCUCGCACGAAUCGACGCGGCGGCGAUCCAUCGUCGAUCGGUACCGAGGAUGUGAAGUACAAUAACGAUCCUUCGACUAAGCACGGAAAAGACUACUCGGUUGGUUCCGUCGAGUCACGAAAGAGUGAUUCUUGCGUUUCAGCGAUUUAGCAUUCAUCAUCCUCGAACGCUUCUUUAGCGAUAUUUCACGAUUAACAAGAACUCCGAAAUUGAGACACGAGGAAAAAGGUGGAUAAUCGAAGAAAUCGAAAUUGGUUCGUCAACAAAUCGUUCGAUCGGGAAACUCGACGAUAACGGUUCCCUAAUGAGAGAUCAAUCGCCGAUUACGAUAAAUGCUCAACGGAAUCUCUUAGACUCGAAAUGUCCAGCGAAUCGCGCUGGAAAUCGCACAAGGAUCGUAAGAAGGAAUUCUCUUGUUGCUCCCUCGGGGCACGAUAAUUAACGAGCUCGUGCGUUGGAUUUCGAAAGAAGGAGAAAGAGAUUGAGGAAAAAAAAAAGAAAAAGAAAAGAAACAGAAAAAAAAUAAGAAGAAAAAUAAAAAGGAGGAAGAAGAAAGAUUAAAGAUUAAAGAUUAAAGAUUAAAGAUGAUCUAUCAGUCGAGUCACCAAGCAUCGACGAUGUCGUCUACGAGAAAGACGUCAUCGAGGUUUCAGCAUCGCAAUCUCCAAUCGUCCUCGAAGUGCGCGAACUCGAAGAGGAGAGGAGGGACUGCGGAGAGAACCCACGGUGAGGAGAGGUGUAGAGGAAGAUGCAGAGUUCAGUGGAGCGAGAACCACGUGAAGGAGGGCUUAGUUCUUGUUCAGGAGGCUCAACUUGCUAGAGUGGUCAAAACCGGACCGAUCACCGAGCACUAUGAGAUCGAUUCAAAACCUUUUGCGAGCGGACAGUGGGCGAGAGUAUAUCGCUGCAGGUCUCGAUCUACGGGCACGGUUUAUGCGGCAAAGUAUUCAUCCAGGAAUAGAUUCAACGCCGAUUGCAGCGCCGAAUUAAGACACGAGAUCGCCCUGUUGUCUCUCUGCUCACAAUCGCCUCGGGUAGUUCGGUUGCACGAUGUAUACGAGACACUGAAGGAGAUCAUUAUGGUCAUGGAAUUUGCCCCAGGUGGCGAUCUACAGACUCUGAUCGACGGUGAUUUGGUGCCCCUCGAAGGUGACGUCGUCCACUUUGUGAGGCAGCUAGUAGAAGGACUUGCCUACCUCCAUGAGAGAAAUAUCGCCCAUUUGGACAUCAAGCCACAAAAUCUCGUGAUGAUGGGCACUUUCCCGGAAUGCGACGUGAAACUUUGCGACUUCGAGAUAUCGAGGGUCAUUCUGGAAGGCACGGAAGUUCGUGAGAUUCUUGGGACGCCUGACUAUGUGGCGCCAGAAAUAUUACACUAUCAGCCAAUCACGUUGGCCGCCGAUAUGUGGUCUCUUGGUGUUACGACCUACGUGCUGCUAACAGGUUUCUCCCCUUUCGGAGGCGACACCGACCAAGAAACGUUUCAAAAUAUAUCCCUAGGAGAGGUAGAUUUCCCAGAAGAAUUAUUCGAGGAGGUUUCAACACAGGCAAAGGACUUCGUUGCUAAACUUUUAGUGCUAGAUCCAAGCGCACGGAUGACAGCGAAGCAGUGUCUGCGUCACGAAUGGUUGCGCGGUGCACCGACGCAAGCGUCACCACAUUUGCGACGAUACUUGUCGAAAUCUCGUGAGGUUCUUCUGGAACGUGUCGUGACCCGAGAUAAUCUAAGGAGAGUUGCCCUCUUAAGUCAGACAACGAGUCAAGCGAAUCUUCUAUCGACGGACAUUCACGAACAAAAUCUUCAACAUUGCGUGUUGAGUCAUAGCGAGAUUUGCCUAAGCGACUGUAUGACGGCAAGUCGAUCGAGUCUCGUUGGAAGCGAAGGUUUCCCGAGUCCGGCGAAUUCCCAAGUGAGUCUGAACUCAUCGCGAACGAGCCUGAGUUGCGCCAGCCAAAGUUGCUUGCUGAACAAGGAACAAACGCAGGGUUUGCUCAGUCGAGCUCAAAGCCGAUCUCAAGCUAAUUUGAAUCAUGCCGCUAGUCGUGGCCUUUUAUCCAGGAUACGUAGCCUACAUCGUAUACAAUCUCAAACAUGUCUAUCAAACGGUACUUCGAAGACUACUGCGUCUCCAGUUCAGCAUAUGAUCGCCUCUAUGCAUCCUGUUAGCAGAUCGAGAGAAAAAUUAUAUGGUUUGCGAUCGCUAUCAAAAUCUCAGGGUGUUCUCGACAUAUAUAGAAGUUUGGAAUGUCUCAGACGUAAGAGAAAGCCCUACGAAAGAGCCAAAACGGAGGACGUUGUUCCUGUCAUCAAACGAAUCGAUGUAGAAAUAUCGAGAAUCAAUAAUAAUCAAGAAACAACUCGUGAUACUUCUUCGAUAAACUUGGAACGGCAAACGAAUGGAUCCCUUUUGAAGAAGCCGGUUGUAUCCGAGAUCGUAGAUAACUCGAAAGAGAAAAAGUCUGUGGAAAAACAUGCGAUCUUAUUGGAUUCGAUAGGCGCAGAAAAGACAUAUGAUCAUUCGGAAACGUCGAAAGAGUCGAACUCGAGGUCGGAAGAAAAUCUAGACUCCUUGAAAUCUAUCGAAUCAGACACUCUAACGGAAGAAUCCGACGAGAUGCCUUUGGAUCGUGAAAGAGAGUUGAAUAUGUCCUUGGGAAAACGUCUGUGUCAAAGACAACACUCGGACGUAUCUAGCCAUUCCAACAAUUCUGGGAUCUCGGAUGACAAAGAAGAUCGUUCGACCGAGUCAGAAACCGAGGAACCUAAAUAUACGGUUGCUCAAUUGGUCUCUGCUUUUAACAAACAUCAAGAGAUCGCCUCGAAAAGUAGCCUAGAAGCGAUUAUGAGCGAGAAACGAAUCAACGAGGUAACGUUUCCAACCGGCACCAAGGCCCUGCGUCUUUUCAUACCUGAUAUUGAUAUUACAGAGAGUACGAUAGUAAGACGAAAGACGAGUUACAAACCUAGAAAGAAUUGGGAGGAAUUGAGAAAGAGAAACGAGAAGAAUGAAGGUGUCCUUAAGAAUUUUGAAAACGAAUUUGAUAAUGACGACGACGAAGAUAGCCAGCAAGAAACUUUGAAUAAGGUAAAAUCCGAGCAGAUUUCGAAUGAUAAGACUCAUAAAAGCGCUGAUAUCGUUAAUGAAACGUGUGAUAAAAAACAGGAUAAUUUAAUUUUCGGAAAUUGGUCCACAGAUGUUGACUUUACGGGAAGCAUCGGUAUAAAAAAUAGUAUUGAUACUACCAUCGACGAGAAGUACAAGCAAUGCGUCAAAGUUGCCAAUAAAUCAAAAAGCGAAAAGCAAAAGAAGAUCUCUGCGUUUGUCAAAAUGACGAGCUCAAUUCGUCAAAAAGAAAGAAUGCCUAAUUACAUUUAUCCGGAAUUAACGAAUCACACAAAAGAGGAAAUGCUAGAAACAUCUUGCAACGAUAAAAUAGCUUCGAAUAUAAAUGUAAAAAUAGAUAAAAAAAAAUUGACAAAAUCAGCGCAAUCGAGUAACAUCAAUGUUCUUAACGUUAACUUGGAGGAUAUACUUCUAAGGGUCGAUAAUUUUCAAAGUACACCGAAAGAAAACAUGGAAAAUCUUAGAAAAAGAACAUCAAUAGCAAAGAUCAUAGUCAAUGAUAAUUUGACGUCGCAUGAGAACUUAGAUUCCAUGGUCAACGAUGAGAAAGAUAAUAGAAUGAGUUUUCGUUCUCCGAAAAAUGAAUUACCAUUUAAUAUCUCUCAGAUCGAGGAUCGGGUAAAAUUGAUAGUCCCACCUUCCUUUGUCAGGUCAUCUUCGUUAUCAAGUGAUAGUAGUUGUCCGACACCAUCUAGUGUUCAAUCAGAUACGAAUGUAUCUUGGGAAGAUGUUAUAACGACGCCAGGAUCAAACGUUUCUUUGGAAAAAACAGACAAUUAUAGGAAUCAAAAGAAAAAGGAAAUAGAUUCAAACGAAACAAAGGGCAAACAAAACACAGAAGACAAGAGACUAUGGGGCAAGGUAUGUACCGGAUCAUACACUAGGGCUAUGGAAAGAUUUACAGGAAAAAACGAUUGUAAUAAAAAAUCAAUGAAUUUGUUAUCGACGAAUAUUGAAAAAAUCAGGAGGAAGAGCACUCCAACGAUGCCUCAAUGCGUUAAUCCUUAAAACCAUAAUAAAAUCGCUCGUACGAAAGACUGAAAAGUAGGAUUUGAUAAUACACGUAUAUAUAUCUGUUAUCGCGUCACUCUCAAGAUGGUAGUGAUAAAAACUGGAAAUAUCAAAUUUUCGCUUACAGGAUUUAAGAUUAUCGUCUUAUAAUCUACAACUUCCACGAAGAGGAGACAACACUGCCAGUCAAAAGAGGAAAGAUCAAAAAGCAUUACAAUACGCUAUAUGAUUUUUAUUUAAAGCGUAUCGAAGCGCGAACGAAAUCGUUUCAAAUCGUUACCGAUAAUAUAAAUUUAUAGAUGUCUUUUCUACGACGAUCUGCUCGAUUAUUUCGCGGCACUACAAAGGCCAUUGAUCGUGAUUUAUCAUCUCGAACUUAUCCUUGGUAUAAUCUCCAUAUCGAGCAAGCACGAAGAGCUAUUUUUUUUGUUUCGUUAGUAAAGCAUCUAGAAUCAGUAUCGUUCGUUACGCUUUGUCGGAACUUGGAGGACGUUCCGUGAGAAGAGAUUGGCAGAUAUAUUUUUGCGAGAUUCCGUUUAUGGGAAAAAUUACGAUCGUAUCAAAAUCGUAUAAUCAGGAAAAUCUAUUACAAUUUCUAUAACAUCGAAUUAUGCAGUAUUUCCUCGAUUACAUACGAAAGAUCCCGUUCGUUUUCCACAAGGUAGCAGAAAAUUCAUUGCUCCAGAUUGAAACAGAAUAUAUUCUAGAUACGUAUGUAUAUAAUUAGGUGUCUCAGUAAAGAAUGGGUUAUUGAGAAAACUGUGACUAGGUGAUCAUAGUCAUAAGUCCUUGUUGGGAUAAUUACGAGAUGAUUCAUUCUAAGCAAAUGGAGGGCCGAACGUGCAUACGUUUGGGAAGACGUAAGUGCAAGACC